AUGUUUGUAUUGCUACAGGGUGCAUCCUCGAGUCUGGUGGUCAAGUUUGCUGACACAGAGAAGGAGCGACAACUGCGACGAAUGCAACAGAUGGCCGGCAACAUGAGCCUCCUCAACCCAUUCGUCUUCAACCAGUUUGGGGCAUACGGCACCUACGCGCAGGUCAUCACCGAACAGUUUGAAAUCCCUCAGCAGCAGGCAGCGCUGAUGGUGGCGGCGACAGCUCAGGGCUACAUCAGUCCCAUGACGGCUCUCGCGUCCCACGCGCUCAAUGGAAUGGCCAACUCUGUCGUACCACCAACUUCAGAAAAUUUCUCCGGUCUGGCAAUAGGCACUGGUGGAGGGCAGCCGCUUAAUGGCGCGCUGCCAUCUCUGCCGUCGCCCACCAUGCCUGGCUUUAACAUGGCGGCGCAGACCAACGGCCAGCCGCCACCACAAGAUGCCGUGUACACCAAUGGCAUACAUCAGACGUUCACUGGACCAGUCCCAGUGACGGCCCAAGGCCUGCCUAAUGGUGAGGCAGCGGCGCUGCAGCAUGCGGCCUUUUCAGGCAUGCAGCCAUUCCCCGGAGUCGCUUAUCCAGCGGUUUAUGGGCAGUUUCCGCAGCCCAUUCCUCCACCGAUGUCUACCAUUGCUCCAGCGCAAAGAGAAGGCUGCUCCAUCUCGGGGCCCGAGGGCUGCAAUCUGUUCAUCUACCACCUCCCCCAGGAAUUUGGUGAUGCUGAACUGAUGCAGAUGUUUCUACCGUUUGGAAACGUGAUUAGCAGCAAGGUGUUCAUUGAUCGUGCCACCAAUCAAAGCAAAUGUUUCGGCUUCGUGUCAUUCGACAACCCGACAUCUGCUCAGGCAGCUAUCCAGGCCAUGAAUGGCUUCCAAAUUGGCAUGAAGAGACUGAAGGUCCAGCUGAAGAGACCCAAGGAUGCCAAUCGGCCUUACUAA